AAUCCAAACGAGGAAUUCGUUUGAAAAUAACAAGAAGAUAAACCAAUACCAUCUUCAUUUCAACCUUGGUCUCUAAAUUUAUAAUCCCUCCUCCUAUGUCAAGCCUAUGAGUAAUUGACAAAAAAAAAAAAAGCGAUUUUCAUAACAAGAGUGAAUCUUCUCCCCCAUAACCCAUUUUUUUGGAUGUAAUGGGGAGAGAAUAUGCAAACAACAAUGCUUUCGAAAUCAAGGUUCAUCAUUCACGCCCAUCUCUAGUUGAAGACCCGACAAUAUCAACUUUGGAGCAGCAACAACGUCGUCGGAAUCAACACCAAAGACACGAAACCAGCGGUGGCGACUUUAAGCCCUUCAAACCGUGGUUCCCCUGGUUGGUUCCACUGUUCGUGGUGGCUAAUGUUGUUCUUUUCAUUAUCGUUAUGUAUGUGAACAAUUGUCCAAAGAGGUCCACAAACUGCGUUGCUGGAUUUCUUGGGAGAUUCGCUUUCCAGCCAUUGAAAGAAAAUCCUCUUCUUGGGCCCUCCUCCGAUACGUUGUUGAAAAUGGGUGCAAUGGAAGUGGAGAAGGUGGUGAAGGGACAUCAAGGAUGGCGUCUUAUUUCUUGCAUUUGGUUGCAUGCUGGGGUUUUCCAUUUGCUUGCUAAUAUGAUCAGUCUUUUAAUCAUUGGCAUUCGUCUUGAGAAAGAAUUUGGGUUUAUUCGAAUAGGGUUGGUCUAUGUUCUAUCUGGUUUCGGUGGAAGUUUGAUGUCGGCUCUUUUCCUUGAGUUGGGUAUUUCAGUUGGUGCUUCUGGUGCCCUUUUUGGUUUACUUGGUGCCAUGCUUUCAGAGCUGAUCACAAACUGGACAAUAUAUGCAAAUAAGCUUGCAGCAUUUUCGACCUUGGUCAUCAUCGUUUUACUAAAUUUAGCAGUCGGGCUUCUCCCACAUGUGGACAAUUUUGCGCAUAUUGGAGGUUUCAUCUCUGGCUUCCUUCUAGGUUUCAUUUUCUUAAUUCGGCCGCAGUUUGGAUGGGUUAGCCAAAAAACUUGUCCUCCAGGUUACAUUGCACCCCCUGCGAAAUCUAAAUACAAGGCAUAUCAGUAUGUGCUCCUUGCUAUAUCCUUGACACUUUUGAUUACUGGAUUUGCCAUCGGACUGUUGGAUCUUUUUAAAGGAGUUAAUGUGAAUGAACAUUGUCCUUGGUGUCAGUACAUGACAUGUGUGCCUACCCCAUUAUGGAGUUGCAAAUCACCAGAAGUAUAUUGUCAGUCAUCGCAGUUUGGGCCACAGUUGAAUCUUACUUGCUUGUCUACUGGAAAAAGUGGCACAUACAUUCUUCCAGAUGACAAUCCUACCCAUCUUCAAGUCUUAUGCUCUCAACUUUGCCAAUGAGAUAGAUGCUCAUUUAAAUAUGAAGCGUAUUUCUUUUGUAACAAAUUUAUGAGAGCUUCAUAUACAUUAGUAAUAUCACAUUUAUGUAAUUUGUGUAGAAAAGUUCAUUUUGUGGCUAUUAUUUUUUCUACUUUUGAUAAAAGAAAUAGGUGAUUGAAAUCAUGCUUUGACACACCAAUCACACUCCAAGUCUUAAACAUAAGGCAUAUCAUAAGAGUUUAUUUAACAAGUGGGUGCUUCCAUAUAGGGCU